AGAGGUCAGUAGUGCAGUUUAGCCACGGUAUAAGAGCGGCCCCAACAUCGGUGACUCCGUUAAAGUAGUCGAACGUUGCACGGUGUCACCAUGAACAUAGUACUGCAGGUGGUACCAUUUUUCCUAGCGGCACGUGUGGAGGUGGAUCUCCCCUGGAUGUACGGGCCCGUGUACACGUUCGAGGUUCAAGUAAACUCGACGGGGAUCCCCGAGGGUGGCUACACCAGCGUUCGACUGAACAUGGCGUCGAAGCUUAUUUGCCAGCCGAAGAGCUACAACCACCACGUGCUCAGCUGCCAUUUCAGCGACUCGAAGGCGAACAGUUUCGUCACAGAGGUCCUCGAUCCAACCAUACCAGGGCAACCGACGAGUCCUGUGAGCCGGCAGACAGCCUACGAGAUGUACCCCGACCAAUUCGAGAUCAAGUUCACGGAGCAGGGUAUAGACAGCCUCGUCGUCAACGAGAACAUUCAACCAAGGGAACUGGACAUGAUUCGCGUGGUUGUCGAUCAGCUAAAUAUCGGAGCACUGACGGAUGACUACGCGGAUGCAUUCGAAGCGAUGGAGAACUAUACUCAGGGCGAAUGCCAGACUAUCUUCAGGAUCACCAGAAACGCCAUUCAUCGCGAGUUGGACGAGAAUCGAGAAUACGUUCUGGAAACUGUCUAUGGGCUGUCGGAGGAUCAGUUGCUGCAGAUCAGGAAGAUAAGGAAUCUGCAUAUGUGCUUGCAUAAUGUACCGUACUUCUUUGGUAGCGCGGAUACUACCAGGCGAUACAGGGAUGUUAUGUCCACUGCUAGCUCAUCCGAGAGUCACAUAGUGGUCACGUCCUCGGAGUUCAUGACUGGUACCAGAAACGUGGUGACUAUCAACAGAGUAUACGAAGGAACGACCCUCUACGAGAACAUAAACCUAAGGCUAUACUCUGUGGAGCAAGCAAGAGACUUGCCACCAGAAGUGAAGGAUCCCGAACCAACCAGUAUAUUCAUCGGAGGAUGGUCGAUGGAAAACUCGUACUACGGUGGUGAUUUCUCUAUGAUGUCCUAAUCGAGCCCACGGAAUUGCUUCAUCCUCAUCGCCAUAAAAAUUCAGCUAUUCGCAUCGACAGUGAUGGCAAAGGAAUCCGUGGAUGGAAACGAGACUCGUGGAGAUUGCUUUGGUAACACUGUUCCUGCGAAUAGGGUUACAACUGUAUUGUUAUACGAUCCUGUACAUAAUAAAGAGACUUUUCAUUUCUAUAAGAAAACGUUGUUUGGUUUGUUAUUCUCUUAAAGUGG